AUGUCCACCUCCGCGAUCCCUGCAGCAUGUAAUAAUGCGAUCGUUGAAAUUGGUGAUCACUUUCGCGCACAUCUCUCUGCCGAUUUCGCCAAUUACCCGCCUGAUUUCUUCCUUCAAUUGAUGGAUGCUUUGUGGAUUAUUUGCAUACAUUUGACUUCAAAUAUCCCCAUAAAAAAAUCACACUGGGUGAGGUCACAUGACCUGGGAGGCCAAUUCUGGUUACCUCGGUUUGAUAUCAGGUUAUCAGGGAAUUUUUCACUCAACAACGCCAUUGACUCACGUGAAGUGUGGUUGGUAGCUCCAUCUUGCUGA